GAUCCCCCAUGGUGGAACGUGGAUGCUGUGCGCGGUGGUUUCGUGUUCUGUACACGCGCGAAUACGCGCGCGACAAUACACAGACGCCACAACCUCAGGACCGAAGAAUUAUGUAACGCCCGCCGAGGAGUCGACCACUGAACCCGCCCGUCCGGCUCGGAAUGCGAGAUUUCUUUGCAGUUUUUGACGAGACGUGUUUGGCUUCAAUGUCAGAAGGCAGCAUCUGCAGUUGGCUAUGGAUCGUGUAGUGAAACCACAGCUGCUGCUCUCCAAGCCGUCCCUGAUUUCUUCAUGGCAGCUACGAGUGACAGCGGGCUAGUGGACACAGAUCCAGGUCGAGUUAGCAGCAUGACAGCCAUUAACUCGGGUCCGGUCGGAGAGGUGGGCGGCGUGAGGUUGCCUCUGCAGUCAUUACAUGGAUACGGAUCUGUGUUCAUGUACUCGGCAUCGACGAGUCCCGGGGGUGGAAGUGGCCAGGGUGGCGGAGGCGGAGGUGAGGUCACCCUCCGCCUCCGCGAACCCGAGGAUAUUCCCGAGGAGGUCCUCGUUCGCCUCGAGGAAACUGCCACCCUCUCCAUUUCUCUUCAAAGCGAUGCAGUCCUGAGGUUAGGGGCGGCUGGCACAGGAAACGGAAACUUAGAAUUGUUUGAUAGUGAGAGCGGGCCGGACCUCACUCUAUCACCUCAAACCUUUACAUCAACGGCGGAGGCCUUCAUCAAUGACAAUAGCGACAGUCUCGGGGUUCCAGGAGACAACGACACCGGUAGCAGCGAAGAAUCAAGAGCCGGUAGCGGUGAUCUUGGAAAGCUGGGAGUGAAGAAACCGAGACCGAAGGCUUCCUCGCCGAACAGGCAGGGACCACAGCAGUGUCCGACUUGCGGGAAGGUGUUCAGCAACGCAUCGGCGCUCACGAAGCACAAGCUGACGCACAGCGACGAGAGGAAGUACGUGUGCACGAUGUGUAGCAAGGCGUUCAAGCGGCAGGACCACUUGAACGGACACAUGCUGACGCAUCGAAAUAAGAAGCCGUACGAGUGCAAGGCCGAAGGAUGCGGCAAGUCUUACUGCGACGCGAGGAGCCUGAGGAGGCACACGGAGAAUCAUCAUGCCGGCAGCAACAUCAACGACAGCGUCAGUCCCAGCAGCCCCACGACCGGGCCUCACACGCCUACCACCCUCGGAAGCAACCCGAGCACACCAAGCACGCCAACCAGCUCCACGACGAAUAUAAAUAGUCAUACGGCCUUAAAACAGCUACUCGCUACUGAACCCACGCAAACGCAACAAAAGAACGCCACAUCUCCCAAUGCCAGCAGCGACGCUCUCACGAAGCAGCUGGAAUUCAUCCAGCAGAUCAUUCAGCAAACGCAGCAACAACCGCCGGCGACAACCACGCAGCAACAGCAACCGCAGCAGCAGCAACGAAGCACCACGUCUUCGACAGCGGUAGGCACGCAGAUACAAAAGACACAAAAACCGUCCAUCAAAUCCACCGCCUCGCCCGGCAACAUCUCCAGCAAUUCCGGAAGCGGGAACGCGACCAGCAAUGCGAGAUCGAGUCCGAAGCCGAAGAUCUGGAGUCAGCAACAACAGCAACAGGCGCAGCAGCAGGCGCAACAACAGCAACAACAGCAGCAACAACAGGUCGGCUCACCGGGAAGCGGAAAUGUGGGAAAGAGCAGCCCGUCGCCCGGAAAUUCGUCAUCCUCCGGUACGGCCGCGACUUCCAACAAGUCCCAAACGGAGCAGAAACCGGUGGAGUGCAAUCUAUGUCAUCGAAAAUUCAAAAACAUACCGGCCCUUAAUGGCCAUAUGAGGCUCCACGGUGGUUACUUCAAAAAGGACGCGGAGAACAAGAAGACCGAGAAGAAGGAAGGUGUCGGUCCGCCUCUGCAGACAGCGUCCGUCAGCGUGAGAGCGUUGAUCGAGGAGAAGAUCAUACAGAAGAGAACAACAGCAGCGGAAACGAAUGUCACUCAACAGCCUCGUACAAACACCACCGUCUUCACCACCCAAACCGACGUUGUCUCGCAAGUCGCCGGCAAGACGAACUUCGCGGUACCGGCACCGCCACCUUUGGCGGCGGGAGAUAAAGCGCGCCGGCUUUCCGACGGCGAACACUUCCGGCAGCCUAACGUCACCGUGGCCAGUCAUACACCUAUGCAAAAGCAACUGCAAGAUGCACAACAGAGAGCUCAGGCUCAAGCGCAAGCGCUUGCCGACCUGAUCUUGAAGGGUUCGAAGGUGGCUGUGAAGCGAACAACUUCCGAUCCGGGACAAAGAUUACAGCUGACACCUUAUCAGCAGUCUGUGCAAUCAACGACUAGCAAUCAACAGCAAACGAAUAAUCAGCAGCCGCAGCAGUCGCAGCCUACGGUAACGGAAAACUUCACGAUGACUGGUUACUCCGAAGACGGCGGUUACUUCAGUCCGACUCUGCAGGACGAGGUGUUUCAGCAGGUUACAACAGUUCCUGACAGCGUGCUUCUGCAGGCUACGCAGUUGGACUCGAUUCAGUUUCAAACGACCAGCCUGUUACAAGAACAAUCCAACGAACAGCUGCAGGAUAUCACGCUGGAGGACCGGUACUCGUCGCAACACACCGUCAAUCCAGAUCUUCAAGCGUUAGUCAACUCGCCAUUGCCCGAUUCUCUUGCCGAAUUCGGUACUUAUGCCGCGCAAUAUACAGAAAGUCCUCACACAUUGCCUACCCAAUCGCCUCUGCCGUCGCCUUUGACGCGACACGAUAGCCCGAGCUUCACGUAUCCCACACCACCAGCCAGCCAGGAAGGCCUACUUACCGGAAGCCUGCCACUGCUGAGUCCUCAAGAGGAUCCGGAGAGCGUGAGGCAGGUGUCGUCACCGCUCUCGGCGGCGUUCUACACCACCACGAUGUCGUCCGCCGCGGCUGUGGAGGAGGCACUGAACGAGGUGCUGCCGGGGGAAUCUGACGCGGACGCGGACCUCUACGGGUCCAGUUCGCCGAAUCCGCACUCGCCACUGCCAAGCCCGUUGUCGGCGACACCAGCACCGUCGCCGCUGUCCUCGCUGCCGCCGUCCUCCGUCUCGUCGCCGGGACCGGUGUCUUUUACCGGCGCGAGCUUUCCCGUGUCGCCGCAUCACACACUCCAAAACCAGAUGAUGCCAAACUCGGAAGAUCCGCUGCUGUCUUCGACUCCGAAGGACUUUGCCGCUUCCGGUCGCAAGCGAUUUGAGUUCCAGUCGUACAAACUGAUCACGAGCCAGAACUUGAUGGACUUCGGCCUCGGAAAUGGCAGCUUGGCCGGCAUCGUUGUCGAUAACAACGGUGAGUUUAAGUUGAUACAGACGGCGGGUCUGCAGAAGGCAAAUGUGUUGGUGCAAACGAACUCGCUUAAUCCAGCGUUAGCGAUCAAGAAGGAGAUUCGUUUGACGACUCCGAAAGUCGAACCCGUGACCGCGAAUCUCGGUCUAAACGUUCAAGCAAAUCAACAGCAGUGCAACACGGGACAAUUCGGCCACCAACAUGUCGUUUACCCGACUAAAUUUCUUAUCCAAACUAAUAACGCGUCAAAACACAAUGACCUGAAGCACAAAUCGGCCAACGGAAGUUUGCCAAUACCCAUUGAUCAGAUCAAGGAGGAAGUGUACGACAUAGAAGACGUGCUUCUCGGUUCUGGCAGUUUAUCUGCUAACAGUCCCGUGCGACACUGUCGAAAAAGGCCGCGUAUAGACAGCGGUCAGUACAUCAACAGUUCGUAUUCUUAUCCUUCGCGGUUGCGAAAGGCUUGCGAUCGUCACUGGGACAGCAGCUACACGCCACCGCCGAUCCUGGAUCCAUCUCGUCCCGGACCGGGUCUGUACGCUAGAUUACAUCAGUACGACCGAGAUUCGGACUUCAGCUCGGACGAUUCUCAAGGAAAUGACGGUCCACCGCCAAGGAUCAACAUUGGCACGAGAUAUCAGGCCACAAUACCGCCGCUCAAGCAGGACAGGUACAGAGAAAAGAACAGUUCGGAGGCUGAUCAUCUUCUGUGGGAUCCUGGCAUAACCAACACGCUCACAAACACCGAAUUGGAGAUGUACCUGCAGUUCGCGUGUUGUGCCGCGAUGCCAGGCGGUGGUAGAAACAAGGAAUAUGCGCUUCAUCUACUGCACAUGUGCAAGGGAAAUAUUCAUGAAGCGAUGGUUAAGUUAAUGCGACCAACCCCUACACUACCAGUGGAACAUCCACUGCUCAGCUACGAGUGCCACGAGUCCGAUAGAUGGACGUCGCAUGAAAUGGACGCGUUUUAUCAGGGACUGCUCAAGUACAACAAAGAUUUUUCCGCGAUUUCGCGGGACGUUGGUGCCAAGACAGCCAAACAGUGCGUGCAGUUCUAUUAUCUCUGGAAGAGGCUCUGUCCUGACGAAUACAAGACGGUGCGUAUGUGUCACGGAAAACUAAAGAUCAAGAGCGAAAUCAAAAGCGAAAUCAAAGAUAGCAAAGACACCAAGGAACUUCGCGAUGCUAUCGCGUCCGUGACGGAAAUGGACUUCAGCGAAGAGAAAUCGAUCUUUCACCGUACCCUGCAUACAAACGAAAGAGAAAAUUCUGCAACUUUAACCACCAGCGACGGAGAACUGAGGUUAUUCGCAUACGACUGCCCAGAUAGCUUUAGCGGAAGUGUAACAGUAACGAUGGCCGGGAGCACCCAAACCGCCCAAAUCGGCAAUACCGGCCACGCAACAGUCAACACCAACUCACAAACUCACACUAGUUCUGAGCAACAACUACCCGCGCCCACCCUACUUCACUACCCCUGCAAGAUUUGCGGGAAAGUUUUCAACAAAGUGAAAAGCAGAAGUGCACACAUGAAAUCUCACAGACCAAUACCUUUGCCCGAUUCAACGGCUCAGGAAUCUAAGCGACCCGCGCAACAACUGUCGAAAGCGCAACAACUGCAACAACCAUCACACCAAAGCCAGCAACAGCUGGAAAAUUCUACGCCACAAUCUCAAGAUCACCAACAGCAACUGCCCGCGAAUAUCAGUGACAACAGCGCCCACAACACAGCACAUUUGUGUCACAAUCCGACGAGGCCCCCAUAGGACGAGAUCCAACUUAAACUUAAGUUACCUUAACAAAGGCUGUAAUGGUACGAUAGGGAAGUAAUUACAAAAAAUCGCGCGUGGUACUUACUUAAUAAUCGCGACCGUCGCACAAUAGUUAUGAAACAAACAUACAACAGAACUAUCUUUUUACGUAAAGAUGAGAUCUUUUGCUCACACGAAGAGGUAGGGUUGCGUGAGUAAACUUCCAAGACAGUUCCGAAAACGCAAAUACCUCCUCGACACAUUUGUGCGAAUCUGCACAAGAAAGCGUAACAACUAUAAGUAAGUGCACCCGGCCAGACGCAUUAACUCGUGACUUCGUAAGAAUCUGUGUAGGGCUAUGUGUGGUAGUCGGUCGUUCAGAAAAGAAACAAACAAAA